UCAUGCUUUAGCUUUGGUUUUGACCCCCCCAGCCUCUCGUUCUAUCUCUCUCUCUCUCUCUCUCUCUCUCUCACUCACACACACACACACACACACCUAAGUAGUCCGGAAGCCGGGAGCCAGUCAAUUUUUAUUACUCUCACGCAUCUCUUGCCCUCUCUCUCACACUUGGGGACCGGUAUCAUCAGCAGGCCAUCGGGAGCUCUCUUUCUACAGUGCUGCUACUUUUCUCUGCCAAAGCUAAUAAGCCCUGAACUUUGGGUUCUGAUCAUUUUCGAAAUCUAGGUGCUCUCUCUCUCUCUCUCUCUCGCCUUCUCCCUCUCCCUCUCCCUCUCUCUCUGCUUUGUUCUAGUUUUGGUUGAUGGGGUUGUGUCGCUUUACCUUCUACAGUAGAAUUGUGUACAUGGGUCAUCUCUGAUUUCGGAUCUGUGUUAGGUUUUGACAGAUAACUGUGGUUCUGUGACCAAGAUCUGGGUUUUAUGGAACGGUUCCUCUAUCAUGCUCAUGUAUCUUUUUCUUGAUGAUAUCAGAUAUAUGUGAAAUAAUUGGUUGCUAUCAUGGAACUGCAUUUGUCCAGGAGCUGACCUGAUUGACUGUAGCUUUACUUUUUGUGGUCCUUAGAUCCUUUGUUUUUCAUCUGAAGUCUUCUUUUAUGCCUUUUAGAAGUAAAGUUUGCAUAUGGAGUUGUAUAAUUGACCUUUAUUCACCUCCUUGAUUAAUAUUUUCUUUUUGAAUAAAAUUCAGUCAGGGUUUGCAUGCAGCUUUGUCUUGAGCUUUCUUAGUUUCGGGUGGUAUUAAUUUGUUCUGCUAACUGAGAUUUGGGUCCCGUUAUUGUGUUUUUCGAGGAAGCUUUAAUUUUCAUAUUCAUCUUAGCCGCAAUUUCAGUACCACUUGUGACUCUUGAUCUUUGCCCGUGUUUUCCGAUUUGAUGAUUCCUUGAUCUUGGUGUAUGAUCCAGUGCUUGGGACUGCACAAAUGUAGUUAAUCGUGCUAUGGAGCACCACGUUGUCCUUAGCUUUGUUCUUAAUUUGCAAAUACCAUUUCCUUUUUUUUGGAUUUUUUUUUUAAUCUCACUUCAGCAAGGUGGCUUAUAUUGAAAAGGUGUUUUUGACUUAUUUGUUUGGCAGAGCUUAGGGGGAUAGGUACUGGUUUGUUAAUGGAAGGAAUUACGCAUGAGAGAUUGGGUGCUGAAAAAUAAAUUUGCUGGAACUGAUCUAUGUAAAGUCUCAUUGUUUCUUCUGAUGGCCUCAAAAACUGGUGUUAGACCUUCCCCUGAACAGCAGCAAAAAGCUGUUGGCGCUUAUCAAACAGUAGAACGAAAUGAUGGUAGGUCUUUGGCCAUGCUCUGCCCGAAGACAAGCAAACCCGAACUGGUUUCUCCUGGACUAGUACCGGAUUCUAAACAGAUUACAGCAAAACAGGUUAUUGUGGAAUCUUCUGACAGUAAAAAAUCACCGAAUUAUGAUCAAAGGGGGUCUUCAGAUUCAUCUACUAAUAAAUCUGAUUCAAAUAAUAUUUCUUCACCAAAUGUUGAACAAGUAUCAGCAAUAGUAGGUUCCAAAGUACCUGUGACUAGUAGCUCUCUGGAAGUAUUUGUUGAUCAAGAGAAAAAAAUAUCAGAGCAUGGAAGUGUGAAGACCAGUUCAGUUUCCACUAAAGUUAGUGAUGGGACCAGCAGUCUUGGCAAAACCAGCGGAAGUGCCAAGAUUAGUGAUCGUGCUGAUUUUGUUGAGAGUGGAAAGAGCAGUAUGUGUAGAGGAAGCACAAGCAGUGAUGUGAGUGACGAGAGCACUUGUAGCAGUUUUAGUAGCAGAAUCAGCAAGCCUCACAAAGCAAAUGACUUGAGAUGGGAAGCCAUCCAAGCUGUCCGAGCAAGAGACGGGGUCCUGGGUUUGAGCCAUUUCAGAUUGCUGAAGAGGUUGGGUUGCGGGGAUAUUGGUAGUGUUUACUUGGCAGAGUUAAGUGGAACUAAGUCUUAUUUUGCAAUGAAAGUCAUGGACAAAGCAUCUCUGGCAAGUCGGAAGAAGCUUCUGCGGGCUCAGACAGAAAGAGAGAUACUACAAACUUUGGACCAUCCCUUUCUUCCAUCUCUAUACACGCACUUCGAGACAGAUAAGUUUUCGUGUUUGGUGAUGGAGUUCUGCCCUGGAGGAGACCUGCACACCCUUAGGCAGAGACAGCCAGGGAAACAUUUUUCUGAGCAAGCUGUAAAAUUUUAUGUUGCAGAGGUCCUCCUAGCUCUGGAGUAUCUCCACAUGCUUGGAAUUGUCUAUCGUGAUCUUAAGCCUGAAAAUGUGCUUGUGAGAGAAGAUGGACACAUAAUGCUCUCAGACUUUGACCUCUCCCUUCGUUGUGCUGUUAGCCCAACUCUUGUCAGGAACUCAUCCUUGGAGUCAGAGCCCCUUCGAAAGAACCCUGUUUAUUGUGUCCAGCCUGCUUGCAUUGAGCCUUCCUGCAUUCAGCCAUCGUGCGUGGUUCCCACAACAUGCUUCUCUCCCCGCCUUUUUUCUGGCAAGGCCAAGAAGGAUCGAAAACCCAAAACAGAAAUCGGAAACCAAGUUAGCCCUUUGCCAGAGCUCAUAGCUGAACCAACCAGUGCUCGGUCUAUGUCAUUUGUUGGGACUCAUGAGUACCUGGCACCAGAAAUUAUCAAAGGUGAAGGUCAUGGAAGUGCCGUAGAUUGGUGGACUUUUGGUAUCUUUCUGUAUGAAUUGCUGUUUGGCAAAACUCCAUUCAAAGGAUCUGGGAAUCGAGCCACAUUGUUCAAUGUUGUGGGACAGCCGCUUCGAUUUCCAGAAUCACCAGUGGUCAGUUUUUCUGCGAGGGAUCUGAUUAAGGGGUUGCUUGUAAAAGAACCGCAGAACAGAUUGGCAUAUAAAAGGGGAGCCACUGAGAUUAAGCAACAUCCUUUCUUUGAAGGUAUAAAUUGGGCAUUGAUACGCUGUGCUACACCACCUGAGAUCCCAAAGCCAGUUGAAUUUGAGCGAAUACCUGCUCCAGUAACGUCAACGAGUGCAAUGACAGCUGUUGCUAUAACCCCUCCUGAUCAAAAAGGCUUAAACAGUUACCUGGAGUUUGAUUUCUUCUAGUAUUUAUUAUUGUUGAUUGGAAUAUGUUUCUAUUUAUGGGGAACCAAUGUUCUGGAUGUUCCGGGGAUUGUGAGUGGGGUGAGGAAGGUGAGAUUUCGUAUCUUUAUAUGAUAAGAAUGGUAUGUUUGUUGUUGCCGCCUGUAACAGAUCCAGUCUGUAUUGCAUGAUCAACGCUUGAACUUGCUCAAUUUCAGGCGUAAAGAGGACUCUCUCUUAGCUGCCUUGUGCAUUACAAAGAGCACCUGUCCGGUGAAUGAGUGGAUGCGUUACCAAGGAGGAAUGACAGAAAAUGUGUUUAAAGCACUUCAAUGUGUGUGGCAAUAGCAUACAUAGCGUAAAGGAAACAAAGCCAUGGAUGACCACAAGAUCAACUUACUAGUCCUCAAGUCAGGUUGCAUUUUCUGCAUUGUAUAUUGAAUCAACAUUGCUUUCUAGAAAAUGAUUAUCAAUUUAGGAUGAUGUAGCAGCAAAGUUACGUGAACCCUUGAGUUUGUAUACUUGUACUACUUGGGUGUCUUUGUUCUGACACCCAAACUAUAGUCGCGGAACUUCCUGUAUUUUGUUAUCUUUGUUAUAAUUUUGUUCUUGUUCUUGUUUGUGUACAUAUGAGAUCAACAGAGCAGUGCACUUUUUGCCUACAUCAACAGGAUUUUUAUUUUUUUUA